AUGGCUGCCGCUGCUUCCAUGGCUACCAGCGUUGCCCUGAAGAGCCUCAGCUCUUCCUUCUCCGGCGCGGCCGUUGCUGCUCCCCAGAAGGCUGUGGCCACCAAGGCCGGUGCCUUCACCUGCCGUGCCCAGAAGUCCGAGGAGGAGGUUGUUGUCUCCCGCAGGAACGCUGUGACCCUCCUCGCUGGUGCCGCUGCUGCCCUCACCCUGAAGGCUGCCCCCGCUCAGGCUGCCUAUGGCGAGGCUGCCAACGUUUUCGGCAAGGGCCCCGGCAACACCGACUACAUUCCCUACCAGGGCGCGGGUUUCUCCAUUAACCUUCCCUCCAAGUGGAACCCCAGCAAGGAGGUCGGCGAGUUCGCCAACAUCGUCCUGAGAUAUGAGGACAACUUCGAUGCCCUCGCUAACGUGGUCGUCAUUGCUGAGCCCACCACCAAGUCCUCCAUCAGCGACUUCGGCUCCCCUGAGGAGUUCCUUGAGAAGUACAAGAACCUCCUUGGUGUCCAGGUCUUCUCUGGUGAGACCGCUUCCGAGGGUGGCUUCGAGAAGAACGCCGCUGUUACCGCUUCCGUGCUGGAGUCCUCAACCGAGAAGGCGAACGGCAAGACCUACUACAAGCUGAACGUUCUCACCCGUACUGCUGACGGCGGUGAGGGUGGCAGGCACCAGCUGUUCAACGCUGCCGUGUCCAACGGCACGCUUUACAUCUGCAAGGCUUCCUCCGGUGACAAGAGGUGGUUCAAGGGUGCCAAGAAGUUCGUGGAGGGCACCAUCGCUUCCUUCUCUGUCGCUUAG